CAGCUCUUGCGGCUCCAGCUCUUGCUCCUCCUCCUGCAUUUGGCUCCUGCUUUCGCUCCUCCUCCUGCAUCUGGCUCCCGCUCUUGCUGCUCCAGGUUCUGUCCUCGCUCUUUCUCCUCCUCCUCCUCCUCCUCCUCCUCCCCUUGGCUCCCGGUUUUGCUGCUCCUGGUCCGGCUCCAGUUGUUGCUCGUCCUCUUGCACUUGGCUGCCGCUUUUCCUGCUCCAGCCGCCGCUGCCGGGUCGGGGUCCUGCCGGGUGGGAGCAUGGCCGGCCUGAGCCCCCUGAGCACGUUCGGCCGGGUGACCCACGCGGUGGUGCGUGCCCUGCCCGAGUCGCUGUGCCAGCAGGCGCUGCGGCGGGAUCCGGGGCGGGGGGCCCCGGUGGACUGGGGCCGGGCCGAGCGGGAGCACCAGCUCUACGUGGCCGUGCUGAAGACCAAGCUGGGCCUGCACGUGGUGGAGCUGCCCGCCGACGAGAGCCUGCCCGACUGCGUCUUCGUCGAGGACGUGGCCGUCGUCUGCCAGGACACCGCCCUCCUCACCAGGCCCGGGGCUCCCAGCAGGAGGAAGGAGGUUGAAGCAAUGAAGAGCGCUCUGGAAAAUCUUCAGCUCAAUGUAGUACAGAUGACAGAUGAAAAUGCAACCUUAGAUGGAGGAGAUGUUUUAUUUACAGGCAGGGAGUUCUUUGUGGGCCUCUCUAAAAGGACAAAUCAACGUGGGGCAGAGAUUCUGGCUGAUACUUUCAAGGAUUAUGCUGUCUCCACCGUGCCAGUUGCUGACUCUCUGCAUCUGAAGAGUUUCUGCAGCAUGGCAGGACCCAACCUGAUUGCCAUUGGUUCCAGUGAGUCUGCCCAGAGAGCCCUCAAGAUCAUGCAGCAGAUGAGCGACCAUCGCUACGACAAACUGACCAUUCCGGACGACGUGGCCGCGAACUGUUUAUAUUUAAACAUCCCGAGCAAGGGCCACGUCUUGUUGCACCGAGCCCCCGAGGAAUACCCAGAGAGUGCAAAGGUUUUUGAAAAGCUGAAGGAUCAUAUGCUGAUUCCCGUGAGCAACACGGAACUGGAGAAGGUAGACGGGCUCCUCACCUGCAGUUCGAUUCUCAUUAACAAAAAGAUGGACUCGUGAGUUCACAGAGUCCCACCCUUGUACUUGGCAAUAAUGUACGUACAAGGCAGAUGGCUCUGUAUCCGCUCUUAUCGUUUCUAUUGACAAUCUACUGUACCACUGUGCUACUAACUUGUGUUUACAAAUGUUUCCCUUUUAAUUACUUUAAGUCUAACCCCACUUAAGGUGGUACUUAAGGUGUAUGAUUGUUGAGCAAACAAAUAAAUCUAGGAAAUACUAGCCUCAAGACUAAGAGGAAAAAAAGAUCUGGAGGCAGAACACUAACUGUUGUGGUUUUAUAUUCUCAGUCUGAAUAUUCUUUGGUUUUCCAGGACAUUCAGAAGACUGUCUUGGUCAGAUGAGGCUCGCUCCUCCUUUGUUUUCUUGCCCAAGUCCCCUCAUCUUUCUGUUCCCACGGCAUCCCUUGGCCUUUUCUUCCCUCUUUUGCCCCACUCACUUAUCCUUUCGUCUCAUUUUUGCCUGGUUUCUGACCUUCUUUUUCCCCCCUUCUCUCACUGACACUGAGUCAAUCCCACCAUCUUGUGCUUCAGAGAGGCAGAGACUUUCAUCGAUUCCACUCUGCCUUUAGCAUCCUCUCCUUCGCCUUGCAACUCUGCUAAUCCUCAGCAACGUGACGACCUUAACCGGGGUAGCAGGCUGGGAAAAUUUAAUCCCUGGAAGAGGUAGAUCUGACCAGCUGGAGCUGUAUAAAUCAGACCCCGACCUGAGUUUCCUUUGUUUGAAAUGGCUUGAUAAGAACAGGGCCUUAUAGCUAAAGGCAUCUUAGAAGCAUUUUGGACUACAAGCAGAUCUUGGAAGCGCUGCAAAAAAGGUUGCAUUUUACCAAAAAAAAAGUGUUUAGAAGACAACAUGUGCCCAAGAAUUCUAGUCUUAGUCUGUUUCCCAAUAUUUAGUAGAGUCUACCUUUGUUUCACAUAUUUGGUGGCGCUCUCUUGCCCAGUGAUUCAGUCGAAACAGACAUCAUUUCCCCAGAAAUUGCAAAAAAAAACCAAAACAAAACGUUAAAAAGUGUACUCAUGCUAAUGCGAGCAAGGGAAGUGCUCGUUCUGUAAAAGGCCAGUUGUGUUUGUGACCUGUCUUGGAGCAAAUCUGCUUCAAACAAUAGACAAUAUCCAUUUUCAAAAUUCCAAGACUAUUCACCAUGGAAUUCAAUUAGAAUUUCAUUUCUCCAGUAACCCUCAAAUUACACAACCUGCCGCCUGACUCACGAGCCUCCGAAAGGAAAAUGCCAUUGUGAAGUAAUUGUCCCUCGUAGUCUCGCAAACUUGUGCCGCUAAAACUCAAAAGAAUCAGCAAACACGAGAAGGGGUACUUCCCAAGGGAUGAUGACUGGUUGGAACAUGUUAUCAACUUCCUCAUCAUCUCCACCUUUCCUGUUCAACUUGUGAUUUGAUUUUCAUUUGGGCAGUGAAGAUGGGGAAGUGUAAAGAAGCAUUCAUUUAUUGGAUUUUCUGCUCACCUUCUCUUUUGUAAAAUCAGCAUUCUUAUUCAGACAUAAAACUGGGACACCAGUCCUUUCAUUCGCAUCCUCUUUUCCCCAUAAUAAUAAUA